UUGCCGUGUCGAUUCGAAGUUUCGAUUGAGUUUCUGGUUAUUUUAUGGUGUUCAAUAAACUGUCAUCGGCAAGAUACAGCCAUAUAUCAUAGAUUGAACUAAAACCGCCACGUCUGCAGUGGACGGUGAAUGAAAAAGGCUCGAAAACUUGCGCCGGGCAGUAGGAAUCUUAUUGACAGUAGAAGUAUCUUCCCGGGACCCUAUAGAGCCGCUAUGACUGUCUGAUCUCUGAUUUAACCGUGAAGACCAUACGCUGCAUGGCAUGUAACGUAGCUAACGGCUGCCAUGAACCACAGACAACCGAGGAAGAGCAGAGCCAAUACCGGCAGGAGCGGUCGUGGUGGUAUGACCAAGGGGCCUGGGCCACAAGCUGUAGUCAGUAAUUUUGAUGGUAUUUAUAGUAGUCCACGUUUUACCUACGUUUUAGCUGCCAUAACGGGCUGUGUAGUUCAAGUACAAGUAAAAAAUGGAGGCACAUAUGAGGGCAUCUUUCGGACAGCCUCACCAAAGGCUGACUUUGUGCUGGAAAUGGCCCACAAGCUGGAGGAGACGGCUCACCGAGACCAGUCACCGGCUGUACCUUCUCGAGAUAGAGUUAUAGAUAAAUUAAUUUUAAAAUCCCAAGAUAUAGUUUCAUUGAACACAUUUGAUGUCGACUUGGAUUAUGCAGCAAAAGAAGGAACCUUUGCUACGGAUUCCAUGAUUAGCAGUAAAGUAAAUGGACAAGUAACAGAACGUGAUCUGACUCCCUGGGUGGGCGAAGUGCAAAGUGAGGAGGGCUCACUGGAAAAUGAAGCUUCCAACGGCUGGGACGUCAAUGAUAUGUUACGCACUAAUGCUGAGAAGUUUAACGUCACUAGCACAUUUGACGAGGAUAUGGGACAGUACACCACAAGGCUGGAGAAGAAAGACACAAAGGAAUACAAAGACAGGGAGGAGUCUGCUCAGAAACUAGCCAAUGAAAUAGAAUCUAGUCCGUCGUACAAGCAGAGGCUUCAAAAAGAGGUAGAAGACGGCACGGAAGAGGAUAAAUACAGUGCUGUACAACGACCUGGAUUUGACAGCAUGAAUAAUCGAAGUAAUACUCCACCAAUGCACGGAGGAGGUGGUGGUCCUGGAGGCCAAAGGUAUGUUCCACCACAAAUGCGGAAUCGUGAUAUGGCGCACAGUCCUCGUGUGUCAACCUCCCCACAAGAUGUUCGUGUGGCAGGGUAUGGCUCAUCUCACGGCCCUCCUCGUGGGGGUUCUCACGGAUCUCCUCAUGAUCCUCGUAGCUCAUAUACACCAAGACGACCAAUGCAGCCAGGUGUGAGGCAACCGUCUGCACCCAGAGAAUCUCAUUCUGUUAAAGAAAAUGUACAUACUAAUCUUAACGGUGGAGUUGAAAGGGGUGACAGAAAACCACCUGAAGUUGGUGCACCCGCACCGCCAUCAGCAUACCAAGACAGGAGAAAACUUAGUGAUGUUGUUAGAGGAGCGCCACCCGAUCCAAAACCUCCCAGUCAGCCAGCACAAAAUGUCGCCAACAAUAGUAGUAGUAUUAGUAACAGUCCAACUGUAGCUGCCUCUACACCAAAUCCUGACCAACCUCAGCAACUGCCGUUGACAUCCCCGCCACAACAAGAUAGUAAUAGUUCUGUAGUUAGCCCAGUUGAAAAGAAACCAACUGCUCAUGGUAAGCCAAAAUCUCGUAAUGGUCUUGAAGAUUUGAAGAAAUUUAGUUCACAAUUUAUAUUACAAGGUGAGAAAGGUAGAGAGGUAGAAAAAGACGCUGCAAAAGACAAUCCAGAAUGCAAGCCCACUCCUGAUACAAGUAGCCCAACUACUGUUGCCACAGAGACGACUGCAACUACGACAAAGGAGACUUGUACGAGUACUACCCCAACACCAACUAGUAAUCCUGACGAAAAUCAAAAACCUGAUGACCCCCCUAAGAAGUCUACCCUUAAUCCAAAUGCUAAAGAGUUCAAGUUUAAUCCACAAGCAAAGCCGUUUGCCCCUAAGGCUAGUGUGCCGAAGACACCAACUCCUCCGAGACAACAGCAGCCCAGUCCUGUUAUAAUGCCACCCCAGGCUGUCAUGCAAGUUCCACAUUCGAUGUCUUACACUGGACAGCCUGUGAUUUCCAACAUACAGGGUUCAUAUGUCGUGGCUUCACCGCACACUCAGAUGCAACACAUGAUUGGGUCAGGUGGAGUGCCUCAGGUGCCACAAAAAGCUGCCUACCCUCAAAAAAGAGCUCCCAUGAUGCCACAACAGCGCCCACAGCCACCUCAUGUGGACAUUAGUCAAAGUGGGCACAUUAUGCCAGCAUCUGCAGCGGCUGGACAGCCUAUAAUGGCACCCAUGCACUAUUCCCAGGCGCAGUUUGUGCAUUAUCCCACGCAACACACCCAAGCGAUGAUGGGACAGCAUGUUAUGCAACAACCAGUCCACUAUCAACAUAUGACGCAGUACCCUCAAAAGCCUAUGUACAGAAUACAGGGUGCCUUGCAGAGUUCUCCUCAUCCUCAAGCUCAGCAUACCUAUCAAAUGUCGCCACAAGAUGUACAGGCAUCAGCAACCCACGUAUUGAUGUCUCCUCAAGGCCCGACGAUACCUCAGCCCAUGCCACAUCCCCAAGCACAGCAUCAGCACCAAGCCCAUCAACAGCAGCACCCUCAGCCACAGCCACACAUGCAUCACGGCCAUGUUCAGCAGCCUCACACCCCUCCCUUACAGGGUCAGCAACAAGGUCAGACGCAGCAGCAGACCCAGAUGGCUGGACAACAACAGCUGCAGCAGCAGCAACACGUGCAUCAAGCACCGAGCCCAGUCCACCAAGUACCCCAUUCAGGACAGCCACCAACUCAGAACACGCAUAUACCCCAACAGCCCUCUCAUCAGAUCAUCUACCAGAACCCGCACCAGAUGCCCCCACAGCCUUUGGCUCAGUCCCCGCAAGGCAUGCACGCACAACCCCAGCCGACACUCUCACAAGCACAAGCACAACCUCACCAAAUGCAACAGGUUCCUGUAGUGUCUCAUCCCCCCAACCCUCACAUCACUACUGUCACUCCGGUUCACCCACAUCCUUACCCUCACACGCACCAGCAGCCUCCUCCCAUGCAGCAGCAACAGCCGGUGAUGGUGAUUCCCCAGGCCCCCCACCCUCACGGGUCACAGGCUGCUGCAACUGCUGCCGCUCAUGCUGGUGGCACUGCAGGUGUUGUAGUAUCUAAUGCUCCAGCUGCCAUGUCUGCUCCUUACUUGCAAGUCGAUGGUAAGGUUAUGGUGCUAACGGAAAGCAAUGCUUAUUACAGUGCUGCACCACAACGAAUGAAUUCUCCAGGUCCUCCCACUCACCAGCAACAAGUGCAUCCAACCUAUCAGCAGGGCAAUUAGAAAAAUGAUAGAGCAUGAAAGGAGGAAAAAAGAAUGAAGUUCACAUGAAGAUUAUGACAGACAAAUUCAAGACUGACAAAAAAAAAAUCUUCUAAAAUAUAUUUAAAAUUAUGAUUUGAACCCUGAUUUCGCUGGUUUUCUGCUUCAACUGUAGGUGCUUGGUGUAGAAGUAGAAUUAGGUUUCAUUAGAUUGUCUCCAUAGUAACGGAAAUAGACUCGCCAUGUGAAGCUUUUAACGUUGUUGCAGCAAAGAUAUUGGAGAGAGCACAAUGAAAGGGCCGACGUAUUUAUCAAGUCAAGUUAAAAAAAAAACAUUGCGCAGGAAUGUAAAAAUGCAUUCAAGUAAAACAAUUUUUGUUGUGUGCAGUGCUACAGAAAAUAGACGAAGCUUUCACCGCAUCAUGGAUGAAUAAAUAGUAGGAAGCGCCCUGUCUAUCGGAUCAUGUGCAAACAAAAAAAUCAUUUGGAAGUCUGCUGAUACUUUCGUGUAAUUUCUCUGCCGUGCAUUGCCACUGACGUCAGCAAUGGCUGAAAACCAGGCACGCUGGUUCUUGCUGUCUUUUUAUUGGAGAGUUGUCCAUCUCCGCGUCCUCUUCGUCAUUGGGAUUUAACUGCGACAAGGUCUUCUUUCCCAAGAUUUGUAAUUCUGCAUAAGUAAUUAUAAACUCUGAAAUCUUGGGAAUGAUUCUGAUUUGUCUGCAGACAUGCCACCAGAUGAAGUCAUGAAAAGCCGAAUAUCAUGCCUUCGUGUCUUUUUUUUUUUUUUUUGUGUGGGGGAAAACAAAAUCAGGCAUAUAGUGUGAACUGCCUGAAGUGCUCAUUAGUAGUAUGCGGAAUAAAACAAAAGGACAAACAUUUAAUUUUACGGA